AUCUCUUCUUCUCUGUGGAGUUUGGAUAUCUGGAGAAGAAAAUCCUCAGAUCCGAUCAAUUUUUUUGCCGAUCUACGCACCAAAUUCAAUCACCAUGUCUUCAACAUUCUCCGGCGAUGAAACGGCUCCAUUCUUCGGCUUUCUCGGUGCCGCGGCCGCCCUAGUCUUCUCUUGCAUGGGGGCGGCAUAUGGAACGGCGAAGAGCGGUGUUGGGGUGGCGUCGAUGGGAGUGAUGAGGCCGGAGUUGGUGAUGAAGUCGAUUGUGCCGGUGGUUAUGGCUGGAGUGUUAGGUAUUUACGGAUUGAUUAUUGCGGUGAUUAUCAGUACCGGGAUUAACCCCAAGGCCAAAUCUUAUUAUCUUUUUGAUGGAUACGCUCAUCUUUCUUCUGGUCUUGCUUGUGGCCUUGCUGGUCUUUCUGCUGGUAUGGCUAUCGGAAUUGUUGGUGAUGCCGGUGUUAGAGCCAAUGCACAACAACCAAAACUAUUUGUUGGGAUGAUCCUGAUUCUGAUUUUUGCCGAAGCACUUGCUCUCUAUGGUCUCAUUGUUGGCAUCAUUCUUUCUUCUCGAGCUGGUCAGUCAAGAGCGGACUAGAAGGAGAUGAGGUGGUGUAUCUUAGUGCUAUUAAUUAAGCAUAUGAUUGUUAUCCUCUCUGUGGUUGUUGUUGUUGUUGGUUGAGCUGCAGACAUGAUCAAUUCUUUGGUGGUGAUGAUACCUUGGCCUGAUGGAUUGGCUGGCUGACGACUAUGCGCCUACAGUAGGUCGUUCUUAGACCAAAUUCUAGCUCUCUGCUAUAAUAAUAAAAUUCAUCCCUUUUACGUAAAUUAUUUUUGGACAUGCUAUAAUGUUGCCAGAUUUGUUGCUACAAUUACUCUUUUUUAUGUUAGUCAAGAUUUCCAUAUUGAUUGAAGAUGUGAUU